CAGACAGUUGCUAUUCCUGUCGGGGGGUUGCAAGAGGGUAGUGCUCUACUGAAAGCUGAAAUCGACCUGUUCCGAAGAAACUCCAAAAAACAUAUUUUGAGGCAGCAUAAGGGCUUAUCAGUCUUCUGUUUGACUAAUUUGUCUUUCACCUUGCCCCCGAGGCAGCUGCAGACAGGAGUUUGUGGACGGACGGUGGUGUCAUGACAGAACCAGCGGCCUCGGCGUCCUCCUCUCCGUGUGAGGUGCGGAUCCUUUACACGGGCGAGGCCGAGGACUGGGCGUUCUAUCUGCGGGAGGUGCUCAGGUCCUCAGGGCGACUCUCCCAGGAGGCCGUGGUCCUGCACCCACUCUCCAGCGCCACCCUGCAGCAACACGAGCAGGAGCUGGUCCGUGAGAGCGGCAGCGUGGUGCUGUUACUGUCCGCCGCAUUCGUAGACUUUCUCCGCGACCCCGAAGUACUAGCGACUUACCAGGACAUCUUUCAUCCUCCGAGUAAAAUGGUGCUGCUUUUCUGCGGGGUGUCUGAGAACGAGGUGCUGGAGGAGCCCUUCCAGCGCUGGCACUCCUGGAGAAAACUGUUCACUGACGACGACCCGGCUCAGUAUAUCUCUACAGUUAUGGACGCACUUUCUGACCCAGGGUCCAGUGAGCCUGAGGCAGAGCGUGACGGAGCGGUGGCAGAGGCAGAGGCAGAGACAGAGACAGAGACAGAGACAGCGCUGGAGCCAGAACCUGAGACCGGCCCACAGACACCCACAGAGGAGCUCCAGCCUCCCGAACCACCCCCCGAAACAGAACCAGUGCCUCAGCGCGGCUGCAUGGUCAGCCGAGGAGCCCAGAUCCAGCCCACAGCCUCAGCCCAGGAACCAUGCCUCUGUAUCCAGCCCAGCAGGAUACAGUGUGGGUCCCAGGUAAAUAUUUUCUUCAUCCUGAGGUGUAAGAUGGACCCCCAGGCCAGAGCAGAAGUAGAGUUUUCCUGCCAGGACUGCAUUCCCAAACGGGAGCCGGGAGUGUUUGAGAACGAAUACACCAUCAGUGUGAAGUCCCCCGAUAUGCCCCCAGGCACAGUGUUAGUGUCUCUGUUCUGCAAUGACUCAGUGGUCUGCUCCAGGCCCAUUGCGUACUUCACCAGUAUGGGCGAAAUAAGCAGCUACCUGGAAACCGCAUUGAAUCCGGCAGAUUUCAUGUGUCAGGCUUUUAAUAUAACAUCCAAUAGAACGGAGGCACUGGACAAGCUACUGACCAACUCCCUUCGAAGCAGAAUACCUUGCAAUGGCCUUUGCAUCUUUGGCGUGAGCCAGGUCGAAGAAGAAAACAUGUCUACUUACGAGCGGAAGGAGGAGCUGCCCACGAUACUCCACUUCGCGGCGAAGUUUGGGCUGAAGGAGCUAGCAUCCCUCCUGCUGCAGUGUCCUGGCGCCCUGCAGGCCUACAGCGUGGCCAACAAGUACGGCGACUACCCCAACAACAUGGCGGAGAAGCACGGCUUCUCCGACCUCCGGCAGUUCAUGGACAAGUACCUGGAGACUGCUGACAAGCUCAAAUCGCCCGUAACGCAGUCUGUCACGGAAGAGGGGGAUGAGGAGGUGUACGAGCCCAUGGCCGGGGGGUCCCAGGAGAUGCCGUUUGUCCCCGGCUGUUCAGAGGACAUCUACGAGUCCAUGAUGGAGCUGGACCCUGACUGCAUGGAAGACCUCUAUGAGGAUAUGGACCAAGCACUGCGGCAGUCCCUGAACCCUGAGGAGGCCCUGCUGCGCAAGUUUUUCCAAGGGACGACAGAAAGGCACUUCACAGAAAAUGAAGAGGAGCAGAGGGAGGAGGAGGAGGAGGAAGAGGAGGAGGCAGAGGAAGAGGAGGGUGAGAACGCAAUGAGUGGGGAAGAGGAGGAGGAGGACCCCUAUAACUUGUGUUUUCCGGAUCAAAUAUACGACACGGUGGACGAACACUUCGGCUAUGUCCCAGAUGUCACCAACCGCCCCCCGGCGCCGAUUCCCAGACCCUCUGUCCCCACCCAACCGGAGGACACCAAAACAUACAUCUCCAGAGUGUUUCAUGAAAAGCCUUCGGAUCACAGGAACACACUGACACCAGGAGGACCCUACUCAGUUCCUGCGAGGCCGGUCCGGGACAGACCGUCCAGCUCGACCUACGACCCGUACGCGGGGAUGAGAACGCCCGGGCAGCGGCAGCUCAUCUCCCUGCAGGAGAGGGUCAAAGUGGGCGACCUAAACGUGGACGACGCGGUCCAGGAGUUCAAGGCCUGGCAGCAGAACCAGGACAAGCGCUCCCAGUCUCUGCGUUUCCAACAGGAGAAUCUUAAGAGGCUGAGAGACAGCAUUAACAGAAGACAGAAAAAACAAGGAAAAACUGGAAAAGACAUUGAGAUCACAGCCCCCCUGCCCCCAGGCCAGCAUGGUGACUCCAUCCUGCAGGUGGAGUGCUCUGUAUAUGAGACCACCUCUCGCUCCCUCACCCUGCCCCCGACCACCCGGCCGCCUGGCAGGCCCAUGCAGAGGGGCAGCUGGCAGAACGGGAGCUCCUCCAGCUUGUCCAGCGAGGGGAGCAACAGACUGAGCACCCAUAGCACUCUCAGCUACAGCAGUGGAGCGGACGCCGACUUCGAGGACAGCAUGGACCCCCUCCUCCCGCCUCGGCCCCCGCGCAGCGACCCCCCUCCGAUCCUGCCCCCUCCGCGAGUCCCGCCUCGGAUACCCGAAAGAAAUAACUUCUCACAACACAGACGCGCUGUGGCAACACCUAGAGCGGGUGAUAAGCACAGCCAGGAACAGCAGAAAGCCACGGGGCUUAAUGACAGGAUUCCUGAGAACCCCAUGAUGGAGCGCUACGUAUUGGGUCCAGCACGUUCCCUUCCCCGCCUGCCCCAGAGACCCCCGUCCCCCCCUCCCAUACCCCGACGGACCCGCUGACAGGGGGGCGCCCCCCUCUCCCUCUCUCCCCCAGUCACUGUUCUGCACUCGGCUCGCAAAAACCGUCUCUGGCCCCAGAGACGCCAGUUCAUUAUUCAGAGUGUUUCUGAUUCUCAAACCAUGACAACCAUGGGCCGCUCAGGGUCUGUCUCUCAGAGGAAGUGAACUCCUGCCAGGGUUGUGGGGCAUGGCGGUGGGCUGGCACCCAGACAGGAAGUCCAACACCAUAUAGUGGAGCCCACCAAAAUAUGCCUGCAUGUGUUAUGCAAAUAUGUGAGCUAGCUGGGUGAGAAGGGUGCCUCUAUAGUUCUGGUUAUCAUACAUUGUGCAUUACAGUAUUCCAUUACACAGAGAAUCAAGCCUAUAGGCAGUUUCCGGGUUUUAUAUGUAUUUAUUUCCCUGGAGUUGGAGCUGUAAUCAUUGAAAGACUGGCUGUGCAGUACUUAUAAAUGUUUGUCAGGCUACGACACACAAACAGAUAUUGUGUACCUGCUUUAUUUCAGGGUUGAAACAGAAGUGGCACUAUUGACUGAAAAUAAAAAGGUACAUCUGAAUAUUCAGCUGUCUGGAUGAAACCAAUGAAGUGAAUUAAUUACACCAUGUUCUGUACAUGCUAGCUUUCCGCAAACAUUUCUAGCAACAAGGAUACAUCUGUAUACUUUCUAAAUGUUUUUACUGGCAGGUAAUACUUCAUUACUGAUUUAUCCAAUCCUGUUUGAUUACUUUUAGAGUUAUUUAUGAAAUGCAAUAUACGUUUGUGUGUUCAAUAUGUGCAAAACAAUUCCAUGUAAAUUAAGAAUUGGUGUGUACUGUUUUGGAAAAUCCUGUUGCUUUAUUUGUUAUUUUGAGAUAAAAUGUUAUUAUAUUUUCAUGGGGUAGCUUUAAUAAAUCUCCUCCCCGAAGUGUCUUUUUCUCCUUUUCCAUGUCUAGCUCUCACAUUAAGCUUCUCAUUUUCUGGGCCAUGCGGUGAUAUCCCGUGAUGACCAGCUUGAACUACCAGCUGCCAACUGUUUCAAAACCUAGCUUGAUCUAUUUACAUCUGCAGGAUAGACUUAACAGUGGCUUGCCACCUAACUAUACUCUCAGAAACUGAGGCAGUGAAAAUGUGACCGUGGAGGCACAUAUUUUUUCUGUACCCUGAAAGUGCAGCAAUAUUCUCUUUGGGUACAAAUUAAUGUGUUUUUCCAAGCAAAAAAGGUACAAAUUAAUUGUAUAUUGCUGGCUAGGGGUACAACUUUGUACAACUGCCCCAGUGACAAGCAUUUGUACCUUUUUGGCACUUUCUGUACCUAAUGGUGCUUAGAUGUGUCCACCAUGUUAGCGAUGUGUACUAAUUGUCUUAUAGCAUUAUUUAUUUUCAACCGACUGCUUGUGCAGGAAAAUAUUUUAAAUAAAUAAACGGUUUUACUGGAAAUCAAGCUAUAUGUUGCUGAAUGUGCAGGCCAGCAGCUUUGUCAUGUUUUACAAUAUUUAAUAAAAUAAUAAAUAUUCUAGAUAAAGUAGUAGAAAUUGUUGUGAAGCAAAUAGUUAUUUAUGGCUUUAAAGAUAAGACGCUGGAGCUUCAGGAUCACUGAGCUGCUGUAUGUAGGCAUAUGUAGGUUUGGGCAGGUUUGGGUUUGAAUAUCUGUGGGAAUUACCCUUUAGGUUUUAAUCUUUAAUCUUCAUCUUAGUGUAUGAAAUAUAGGUAUAUUUUGUCAGAUAGUGUAUCUUGUGGUCUUCAGGUAAACAUGUUUAUCUGAUGGUUGUUUUUAGAACAUGGUGUAUGCAGGAAACUGAAAAGUUUUUUUAAAGUCUUGCUUUCAUGUCACACUACAACUGCAUCUCCAUUUUCUGUCACAAAUACUGCUGAAAAAUGUGCACAUCUCAACAUGCUAGUUUAUGUUUUAGUGUAUUUAACAUUUUAGUGUCAAUGUGUUUUAUGUACAAAUACGACCAGUGGAAUAAGUUUUGACAUUAGCUUUAAACCUGUCAACACAUUGCAUUACAAGCUGAGAUUCUAAAAAGUACAACAUUGCUUCAAUUCUGCCACAAUUUGAGUUGGGUUUAAUGUACAAUUUGCUUUGCUUUUUGUGGUGGACUUUGUUUUUGAACAUUGUAAUGAUUGCGAGUUGCCGUGAGAGCGUUCUUUAUUUGGGGCACUGUAACUUCCUAUGGUUUCUGUUUAUGUGCCUGUAUUUGUGUUAUGUGCACAAACAUGACCAAAGAGGAUAUGAAACAAGAGCGUCUGCCAAAUGCCAUUAAUGUAAUGUAAUGUAACAGCGUCAUUGGAGUUUAUCAUCUUGAUCUUGCCCUCACAGAAUAUAGAGAGAAAUCUAAACUUUAACUGCAAUGGCCAUGCCAGUCCCCUGACUAAAAUCUGGCUGAAAACCUGUGGGGUGAGUGGGGAAGGGGUGUGACCAUGGACUCUGGAUGACCUGGAGACAUUCUGUCUGGAGAAAUUCUCUCAGAUCCCUUGCUAUCCAUGCUCAAGCUAGGUUUUGAAACAGCUGGUAGCUGGUUGACCAGUUCAGACCAGUUCCCAGCUCAACAUGAUUUAGCUGGUUGAUCUAUUCAGACCAGUUCCCAGCUCAACAUGGUUUAGCUGGUUGACCAGUUCAGACCAGCUCCCAGCAUGACAUGGUUUGACCAGCUCAAGCUAUCUUUUGAAACAGCUGGUAGCUGAUUGGUAAGCUACCAGCACUAGCUGGCUGACCAGCUCAUACCCAGCUAGACCAGCUUGAUCAGCUCAAUUUUCAAGCUGGCAUCGCUGGAUUUUACAACAAGGAAGUGUGCUCCUGCCUAAUCAGACAUGUGAAGCCUCAGCGCUAUUAUGGCAAAUAGAAAGCACGUUUACCAGUACUAAAUACUAAAUGCAGGGGUGACAGUUCUUUUCAGAAUAAAAAUAAUUUUAGGCUAUGACUAGCCUACACGUGAACACACCAAGGGUUUCUGCCUCUAGUAUAGGAUAGGGCAAGUUGUUUCACAUAAUGACAAUUCUGCAAAUAAAUAAAUAAACAAAUAUAAAUAAAUAAAGAUAGAACCCGAUGGAAGUGCGAAUUGCAACUUUGCACCCACCCACUUAUUCUGCUGACUGCUUGUCGGGCAAAUGCUCAUGAGUCUGAUUUUCACUCCACCAUCCAAUGGUGUUUCUGACUGUGAAACACACAUAAUUUGCUAAAUGCCACGUAAUGUAAUGUAAUAAUUUAUUUUAGCAACAGGAGUCCGUUUCCUGGUCUGUAGUUUCCCACUUACUGUCUGUUUCCUGGUCUGUAGUUUCCCACUGUCUGUUUCCUGGGAUGCUUUUCAUGUAGAGCACUUUUCUGAAUUUUAUGUCAUAUUGGUGUUUAAUUUGUUUUCUGAAAUUCAAUUACAUUUUUAAUAAAGGUUUAUAAUGUC